AUGCUGCUCGGCACAGCAGCAGACUUCUCCGCCGCUAUCCCUCCUCCUCUGAUUUCUCCCCUCAUCGGCGUAGCAGCAGACUACUCCGCCAUUUUCCCUCCUCCUCUGGUUUCUCCCCUCAUUGGCGCAGCAGUAGACUACUUUGCCAUUUUCCCUCCUCCUCUAGUUUCUCCCCGCAUCAUCUCAGCAGCAGACUACUCCGCCACUUUCCCUCCUCUUGUUUCUCCCCUCAGCGGCUCAGCAGCAGACUACCCCGCCCUUAUUCCUCCGCCUCUUAUACCUCUCCCCACAUCUUCUCUGCAGCUGUUUCCUCCUCCUCAUGGCGACCUCUCUCGCCCUCUCUUCCCUCCCUCUGCUGGUCCUUCAGCUUGCGCCCGAUGGCAUGGCUUUAACCUCUGGUUUGUCACUCAGCAGAGUGGUUCUGGUGCCAUGCCCACCUCUCCCUCUGGACCCACCUCUUCCUCCUGUGACCCCUAUGCUGAUGGCCUCCGUGCUGCCAUUGCUGAAACUGAGCGGCUUGUGACCACAGCGCAAGCCACCGCCACGGCUGCUCCUGACAAUGCUGCUGCCCGUGACUUAGCUCGUAUUCUUACGGAGUCCCUCGAGAGCACCCGCAAGCGCCUCACUGAGCACCUCGCUGCCCCUUCUCCUCGCUCUGCGUCUACGCCCAUUUCCUCUACUCCAUCUCACUCUGACCUUCUCGCUGACUGGCAUGUUGCCAACGCACGUGCGUGUCAGGUCAUCCUUGCCUGCCUCCCUCCAACUCUUCUCCCUCAGUGCUCGCAUAUCCGCUAUGCCAAGGACCUUCUCGGCUAUCUUACCGAGCGCUUCCAGUCGCAGACUCCUAUCAGUAUCAUUGCCCUCUUACGCGAGCUCACCUCUCUUCGCCUUGCUGACUUCACCACCAUGGCGGACUACAUCCCUCGUGUGCAGACGCUGUCUUCCCAACUUGCCUCUCAAAAGUUUGAACUUUCCGAUCAUGUGUGCGGUGCCCUCCUCCUCACAGGCCUCACUCCUCAAUACAGUGUUCAUGUCACUCUGUAUGGUGAGCGCCCUGCCGACCAGUGGUCGUUCUCUCGUGUCUCUGCCUUCCUCCUCCAGGCAGAGCUCAACCUCCGCAGCUGCCCUCCUACUGCCGCCGCUUCAGGAUAG